AUGGCAGAUAGCAAUGAGAUGACCAUCAACCUUGUUGUCUUUGGAAGAACUCAGACUGGCAAAAGUGCUGUUGGGAACAGCCUGCUGGGCAGCUCAGACUUUGAGAGCCGUUGCUCCCCCAGCUCUGUGACGACGCGCUGCAGCCUUGGCCGCAGCUGCCGCGUUUUGGGGGUCACACGAAGAAAUGGCUGUGAGCUAGCUCUCCGUGUUCAAGUGCUUGACACUCCAAGCUACCCUCACACUGCUCUGACCAAAGAACAGGUGAGCAACAUGGUGAGAUCAGCACUGGCUCACCAUUUUGGGAAGGAAGGCCUGCAUCUAGCUCUCUUGGUCCUGAGGGCUGACCUGCCUCUGUGUUCAGAUGAAAGCAAUCACACAAUUCAGCUCAUCCAGGAACUUCUGGGUCCCACAUGGACGGAUUUCACUGCAGUUGUUCUUACUCAUGCAGACAAGGCAGAAGAUGCUGGACUCAGUGAAGAUGAGUACUUGCACAGUGCCUCAAGUACCCUGUUGUCACUUUUGAGCUCAGUACAGCACAAAUACAUUUUCCUUGACAACCAGAAGAGCAUAAUUAAAGAGGAAAGAGCUACUAUCUUAAGAAAGCUCUUGAAUUUUAUAAGACAAAAUAAGUAUCAAGUGCUUCUACCUAAGCACAGCAAGGAAUAA